GCCAGCUGCUGGCUUUAUACCGUGAGGAGCACUCGUUAGCAUUUGAGCGUCAUUUUUAAUCGCGCAUAAUAGUUCGCGCGAAAAAUACUUGUACAUGCCAGAUCACAGGACGCAUGCGUGGAGAAACGUCAAAUACAGAAAAACUAAGUGUUUAUCGUAAAAUAACACGCGUGUUAAAGAUAAAGGUAUAAUGAUGUUACAAUAAAAAUUGGUAUUAAAAAAGGAUUCAAAAUGAGUCAGGAUGUGGGAUUGGACGCUGCUCUACGUGAAUUAGGUUAUUUCGGAAAGUACAAUAUAGUGAAUUAUGCUUUGUUAUUGUUCCCCGUAUAUUUAGCGGGAAUGUAUGGUUCGGCUUUCGUGUUCGAGGCAUCGGAUAUACAUUACAGAUGCAACAUCCCUGAGUGCGAGGGAUAUAACAACAACACCUGGCUUGAACAUGCAAUACCUGCUAAAGACGGGGUGCUGUCGAAAUGUCAACGUUAUCAGUCCAACAAUAACAGUGGAACCUGCAGUAUACAAGACUUUAAUACUUCAAUCGUGAAGGACUGUGAAAGUUUUGUAUAUAGUGAUGAAGAUUCCGCCGUUAAAGAUUUCGAUCUCGGCUGUCAACAUAUGAAAAGAACACUAAUCGGUUCCGCACACAACGCGGGUCUCUUCCUAUCACUGCCUCUAACCGGUAUCAUAUCAGACCGAUAUGGUAGAAAGCUGGCACUGGCUCUAGCGUCUCUCAUGAACGGUGUCUUUGGAUUCCUAAGAUCCUUUUCAUCGGGGUAUAUAAUGAUGCUGAUUUUCGAAUUCUUGGAAGCUGGUUUAGGUGCUGGGGCGUACAGUACCGCUUUUGUUAUAGCCAUGGAGCUAGUAGGACCCAAAGGAAGGGUCUUAGGAAACACUCUCCUAAACGGUGUUUACGUGAUAGGACUGAUGUCUUUAGCCGCCCUGUCAUGGUGGCUGCAAAGCUGGAGAAACCUCCUCAGACUCAUUUACAUCCCAGCCAUGUUUGUGGUGUCAUACUACUGGAUUCUUAAUGAAAGUGUCCGAUGGCUGAUCAGCAAAGGAAGGAAUACUGAAGCUGCAGCAAUUCUGAAAAGGGCAGCAAAAAUGAACCGCGUCGAGCUAUCUGACGAAGUUCUAGCACCGUUAUAUGAACUAGAAAAGUUGAAUACAGACGAGAAAAGCAAAGAUUCAUCAAACGUUAAUCAUAAGCUAGAAGGAAAUAUGCAAUCGAAUUUGAUGAAAGUGAUCAAAUCUAGUAUAAUAAGGAAACGUGUUGUUAUAUGCUCGUUUUUGUGGAUAACAUGUACUUUCGUUUAUUACGGAUUAUCUAUAAACUCAGUGUCUUUAGCUGGUAAUAAGUAUGUGAACUUUAUGCUGGUGUCAUUUGUGGAGAUCCCAGCGAACUUUGUGUGUUUAUUGGUGCUGGACAGGUUCGGUAGGAAGAAAGUGUUGAUUGUGACUUAUGUGCUGAGUGCGUGUUUGUGUAUAGGUUUAUCUUUUCUGCCAAAAGAUCAGAAAUGGCUAUCUCUAGUCUUAUAUUUAUCGGGAAAGUUCUCUAUCACGGUCGCAUACAGCUCCGUGUACAUCUACGUGUCAGAAGUGUUCCCGACCAACGUCCGACAGUCGUUGUUGGCGGUUUGCUCAUCGUUGGGCAGAGUCGGAUCGACGUUGGCGCCGAUGACGCCACUGCUCAAUCACUACUACCACAAUCUACCAGCAAUAUUCUUCGGGAGCAUGGCGUUGAUAGCAAGUAUUCUGGUGUUCUCCCUACCAGAAACCAUAAACGUUGCAUUACCUGAUACUGUGGAGGAAGCUGAAAUGCUGUCUCAAAAACGAAGCAAAAAGGAAUCCGCUUAGAGCAUCCUCGAAAUUGAAGUACAAAACUUUACAAUUACGCACUUUUUAUUAGUAUUAACAUUAAUCUGUUAAAUCUUAAUUUCAAUGUAAACAAUUUUGUUUGGAUUGCAUUUGUAUAAUGCAAAGCAUUACUUACCAAUUUCUCUGGUUGUUACAAAUUACAUGUAAUUCAGCUCAUAGUUAUUUGUGUAUCAUGCUUCUAUUCAAGUUAUUAUAACUUUGUUUUGUAGGUGCUGGCCAUGUUGAUUACCUGUUUCCAUAUAGCCUAAGACUGCUAGACUUGCAUUUCCCCAUCUUCUUCUUCUUCUCCUUCUUCCUCUGGGCUUGUCUCCGUACUUGGUCAGAAAUAAGCAUGGCGUCAACCAGAAGCUCUAAGGAACAUGAAUGCAAACAACAACAGUUACGUAUUAAAACUAAACGUUUCUAUUUCCACCAUAAUAGAACAGAUUUGAACGAAUGGAGUAAGUUAAAAAUCCUACAUAAUUCCGAAAGACACUCACUGGCUGUAAUUUUGUCUAAAUAUUCAAUAUGGCGGAUGAACAGUGCCAUUUUUAAAUGUGAAAACACAUGCAGUUGUUAUUUUAAAUUUGAAUGCUUAUUUCUUAUAAUCGUGUUUGUUACGAACCAAAGUGCUACUUUUAAAAGCGAAAAAUAUUUAUAAGACAUUUUUGGCUCUUAAGACUUUCGAUCGAAAUGAAUAAUAUAAGCAAUCUAAUCCAAAAUCUUUUCCAUGUAGAUAACGAUAGCACUACUAUAAUUAAAUACGGGCUUUGUAUAUUUAUAUCAGUCUGUAAUUUAAACUUUUAUAUAUGUUUUGCUAACACUAUGCUGAAAAAGUUCCAAGCUCAAGAAACUAUACAUAUCUAUGUAUCUACCUCAGAUAUUUAUAUAUUUUAUUCAAAUAUUUAGUUUUGCCUUUUUCUCUAAAUACAAGCACAAGUAUAUACCGUAAGUAUUUUUCUAAAUUAUAUUAUAAUUAUAGCUCGUACAAAUAUUUUUAAAUAGGUAAUAUUAUAUUAAAGCCAAAAAUUUAACUCUAUUUGAUAUGCCCAACUUUUUUUCUGCCCAUCACUUUUUUUUACCUUGUUAGUAUUUGUCGUCGGCCCAGUUCAUACUAGGCAUGAAAAUAAUAAAAUGCAUUAAAAAAAUCCGAUCUAAAUUACCUAAUUCAGAAUAAUUUUCCGGAACAGUAAAAAAGAGUUAC